AUGGAGUUAAAGAAAGAAAGAGAUAUGAGAGAGAAUGUGGAGAAACAAUUACUAGAGGAACAGAAAAAUAGAGUAAUAUUACAAAGGAGACUGAAGAAGGAGAAGAAGGUACGAAAGAGAAUUCAGGAACACAUGGAUAUUUCCUCAUCAGGUCAGCAUGGUAACCAUAGUAACCUAGAUAUUAACAGUAUUGAUAAUAAUAAACCGGUUUCUAGUCCCGAUUGUAACAGGAAUAAUACAGAUUCAGCUGACCUAGAUUCAGAAGGUGACAACAAAUCAGUGAAUUUAUCAGAUUCGGAAAGCAAAACUGAAGAUACUCCAGAGCGACCUACUCAGAGAGAUAUAUACAACUCAUAUACCAGUAGUUCGUUGAAUGGUACCGGACCUCCGCGAUUCCCAUACAUGCCCUUGGUGCAUGGGGAGGUGCAGUGA